AAGUAAAUAUGAAAUGAGGGAAGCAGCGGAGCAAAACACUUUGUUGCACAAAUAAAAAUGGACCGAUUUUCGUGGUCAAAUGGCCUGUUAGAAAUAAAUGAAACUUUAGUAAUCCAGCAGCGGGGUGUCAGACUUUAUGACGGAGAUGAUAAGGCAAAACUGGAUGUUGGAGUUGCCCUGUUGAGCACCCAUCGACUGAUCUGGAGGGACAUUAAGAAUCAUGAAUGCUGCAUUGCCAUGCCCUUAUCUCAGAUCAUCUAUUUUGAGGAGCAGGCUGCAGGAAUAGGAAAGAGUGCAAAAAUAGUCAUCCACCUGCAUCCAUCACCUACCAACAAGGAGCCAGGUCCCUACCAGAACAGCAAGUACUCCCACAUCAAGCUGUCCUUUAAAGAGCACGGACAAAUAGAGUUUCACAGGAGACUAACAGAGGAGAUGACCCAGAAAAGGUGGGAGAACACACCUGCUUCACAACCGAUCCCCACAGGGACUGGGCCUCAGACAGGAAGGACACGCGCAGUGGGGAUUGUUGGCAUUGAGAGGAAGAUAGAAGAGAAGAGGAAAGAAACAGACAAAAACAUUUGUGAAGCCUUUGAGGACCUCAGUAAGCUGAUGGUGAAGGCCAAGGAGAUGGUAGAAUUGUCCAGAUCUAUUGCCAACAAGAUCAAAGAAAAGCAGGGCGACAUUACCGAAGAUGAGACAAUAAGAUUCAAGUCCUACCUUUUGAGCAUGGGUAUAGCUAACCCCGUUACCAGGGAAACGUAUGGAUCAGGGACCCAUUAUCACAUGCAACUGGCCAAACAACUUGGAGAUAUGCUGCAGGCUCCUUUAGAGGAGCGUGGUGGUAUGAUGGCUCUUACAGAGGUGUAUUGUCUCGUCAACCGUGCCAGAGGGAUGGAGCUUUUAUCUCCAGAGGAUUUGUUAAAUGCUUGCAAAGUGUUUGAGCAACUGAAGCUCCCAGUGAGGCUGCGUGUGUUUGACAGUGGUGUGAUGGUGGUCCAGCUGCAGUCUCACAGUGAGGAGGAAAUGAUAGCAUCAGCUUUGGACAACGUGUCAGAUAAAGGCUCCCUGACAGCGGAGGAGUUUGCAAAACUUUUGGGUCUCUCUGUUCUCCUGUCUAAAGAGCGGUUGUUACUGGCUGAGAAGAUGGGCCACCUGUGUAGAGAUGACUCUGUUGAGGGUUUGAGAUUCUACCCAAACCUUUUUUGACCUCUUUACAGUUGAUAUUAUCAGCAGAACUGGGCUGCAACGUCUCCUCAGUUUGAGGAUCCAACAAAAUGAUCCUCUAAAAGUUCCACUCCGUUUCACAUCCACUCUAGUUGGGAUGUCUAUUUGUUGGUCUUAUUAUGCUGUUUUCCCCCCCUUUAAAGUUAUUUUUUAUGUUUGUCAGAUUCCAUGCAUUUUUAUUUUGACUUAAAAUACUAUAUGUAAAGUAACCGCUCAAAAAUGUAUGGGCCUAUAACAUCCAUUGUCAAAGAGUGCGUUGUAAUAAACACUUUUGACUAUUUACUAAAGGUCAUACACUGAACGUUUGUUUUCUCGGCUCAUUCUGGUUUCACUCUGCAUAAACCUUUAUACAUGUAGUGCAUUCUAGCCACCGAUUAAACAUUACUCUAAUAAAUGUUUCA